UGUGUCGGUGACAUUGAAUGGGGAGACCGAGCGCGAGCGAGGCGCGCGCGCGCACACACGCGCACACACGGCCCGGCUUGCUCCGAGAUCCCCGGCCACGUAAGUAACUAUUAAUACCGUCUCGCCCAGAGAUGCGGGCGUGCUGAGCUCGGGGAUUGGCCUCGGGCACCUUCGGCCGUCCCUUUGAAUUUUAAAUACACGUUCCUCUUACCUCCGGGAGGGGGAAGACCAAAAUUAAGAAGAGGAAAAGCCAUCAGUUUUCUCCAAACAAACCCCGCCAGGCAAUUUGGGUUGAGGGUAGGGGGAGACGGACUGGUGGCACAUUAUUCUAAGGCAAGAUCCAGUGAUCCAGCGAGAGAGGAACGGCGCCAGUUGACUGGGCUGGGGGUGCAUCCCCUUCCAGUGCCGGGAGGACACCCCCCCACCACCCCCGAAAGCUCGUGCGGGGGAAAUCGGAGACCAUUGAUCCACCCUCGUCUCUGCGUACACUUCUCGCUUUAUUCGGAGGACGAUCUGGAGCGCGAGCGAGCAGCGACAGCAUGAGCCGGUGCUGACCUCCGCCCGGCGGGCCAAGCCCUGGGCUUUGUUGCGGUACCUGCGCCCGGCCCGCAACUCCUUGCCUAGCUUUUGCAAUCUUUUGUUGGCAGCGCUGACCGCUCUAAGUUAAAUGCUCCCUUGCUAUUUUUUUUUUUUUUUUCCAGUCUGUUUGUUUAAAUUUUGGAGAGCUCUUGAGAUCUUGGAAAAGCCUCAGACGCCACCUACAGUUAAAACGUAGGUAACUACCCUCUCCGGCACCCCCCCUUCCACGCCCCCCACCCUUUCCACCAAAAAAGGGGGUGCAGCGCGGAUUCUGUUUGCGGUGCGGCGUGAGCCGGUACCCGUGCUUAUUUCCUUUUUGUUUGGUUUCUAACGCGCUGAGACCAAGCCGCCGCUGCGCGCUCCCCGAAGAUUGCACAAACUACAGCAGGGCUCCUCCGCCCGGUUUGCGACUCGGAAGCCUGCGUGGGGAUCGCUUCGGGUGACCCGGCGCUGCAGCUCCCCCACCUUAGCAAUCUGGUUACUGGUCUAGACCCACGUUGGAAAAGAGAAAGAGAGAGAAACUAAAAGUGCGAAGAUUCUGCGAAUCGCUAGCUGCUGUGGGGUAACAAAAGGACCCGAGUUGCUUCCGACCGAGGACCCCCGGGAGCCGGGCUCGGAGCAGACAAGGUGCCCGGCGGCGCCCAUCUGGGGGCUUCUAACUCUUUCUCCACGUAGCCCCCUUCCCAUCCCCUCCCCUCUCGUUUCCUUUUAAAAUCUGUGGCACGGAGGCGCCUGCAGCCGCACUCGCCAGCGACUCGUCUCUCCAGCGGGUUUUUUUGUUUGUCGAGUGCGAUCCCCACACUCAUGAACAUACACAGGUCUACCCCCAUCACAAUAGCAAGAUAUGGGAGAUCGCGGAACAAAACCCAGGAUUUCGAAGAGUUGUCGUCUAUAAGGUCCGCCGAACCCAGCCAGAGUUUUAGCCCGAACCUCGGCUCCCCGAGCCCGCCCGAGACUCCGAACUUGUCGCAUUGCGUUUCUUGCAUCGGGAAAUACUUAUUGUUGGAACCUCUGGAGGGAGACCACGUUUUUCGUGCCGUGCAUCUGCACACUGGAGAGGAGCUGGUGUGCAAGGUGUUUGACAUCGGCUGCUACCAGGAGUCCCUGGCCCCCUGCUUCUGCCUGUCUGCUCACAGCAACAUCAACCAAAUCACCGAAAUUAUCCUGGGGGAGACCAAAGCCUAUGUGUUCUUUGAGCGGAGCUAUGGGGACAUGCAUUCCUUCGUGCGCACCUGCAAGAAGCUGAGGGAGGAGGAGGCGGCCAGACUGUUCUACCAGAUCGCCUCGGCGGUGGCCCACUGCCACGACGGGGGGCUGGUGCUGCGCGAUCUCAAGCUGCGCAAGUUUAUCUUUAAGGACGAAGAAAGGACUCGGGUCAAGCUGGAGAGCUUGGAAGAUGCCUACAUUCUACGAGGAGACGAUGACUCCCUCUCUGACAAACACGGCUGCCCGGCGUACGUCAGCCCGGAGAUCUUGAACACCAGCGGCAGCUACUCGGGCAAGGCGGCUGAUGUGUGGAGCCUGGGCGUGAUGCUGUACACCAUGCUGGUCGGGCGGUACCCUUUCCAUGACAUUGAGCCCAGCUCCCUCUUCAGCAAGAUCCGGCGCGGCCAGUUCAACAUUCCAGAGACCCUGUCGCCCAAGGCCAAGUGCCUCAUCCGAAGCAUCCUGCGGCGGGAGCCCUCAGAGAGGCUGACCUCGCAGGAGAUUCUGGACCAUCCUUGGUUUUCUACAGAUUUUAGCGUCUCGAAUUCAGGAUAUGGUGCUAAGGAAGCGUCUGAUCAGCUGGUGCCGGAUGUCAACAUGGAAGAGAACUUGGACCCUUUCUUUAACUGAGCUCACGCCCCACAGAGACUGAGCAGGUACCAGGAGCGAGAGAGGGCAGCAGAGAGGGGUUCUUCCAGGGAACACAUGUCGCCUGGCUUGGUAGCAAGAAAGACACUGACAUUCACAGGCUUCUUGGUUCAAAGAGGGAAAACUGUCAAGGAGCUGACUGAACGUGUAGCAUGGGGGCCAGAGGUGCGGGCUGGGGGCGGGCUCCGGGCUCCGGUGGGAUGCAGGAGCCCCCUGGCUCUUGCCUGAUGGAGCCCCUCCCCCGCCCUCCAGGAACCCCCCCCCCCGUCAGUUGGGCCGCUUCCGCCUCUCCCACUUUUCAUUUUGUUCCAAAAUAGUUGCAGAUCCUGACAGAAUCAAAACUCUGCCUCAAAACACACAUCUUGGCAUCGCACUGUUAGCAUUUAACUUCUUGUCAUGAUUCAGGGAAGGUACCAUUGGCCAAGGGUUUUUUGGUUUUUUUUUUCUUUUUUUUUUUCUUUUUAAACAAGCCAACCACCUAUCUAUAAUUCAAGGGGUUCAUUUAAAAAAAAAAAUUCGGUGCACACAGACUGAAAUGAAACCUGGGUGCUAAACUAAAAGAAAAUAAAAGUCCAGUUUGUGUCUCUUAAUUGCACUCUUCCACUCAUUUCUUCUAAAUCAGCUAUUGAAUAUCCUGGUCAGGAAAUGGCAUGUUAAUGCUUUACUCCCUGAAGGGGAAAAAAAAAAAUCUCUCCUUUAACCCACUAUUCUGUUUUGUGUCAACUGGUGUGGCAGGAAGCUAUUAGAAGGCAAAUUGCCAGAUGCAUGAUUGCUAUCAUAGUUUAAAGAAAGGAAGACGAAAGGAAAAGAGAAAUUCGACUCCUUGAUUUUUUUUUUUCCCGUGUGAGUGAUGAGGGCUGUGUUACAGGCGUGUCUCUUUGCUGAGACCAUAGCCAUGGGGUGAGAUACCGGAAGCUCUUGGAGUCUGAAGCUUUUGCAACACUCUGGUCUCAACUAAACAUUUUGUUUUAUCGGAACGUUGUUUUAUUGAAAACUCGUGAAACGAAGCAGGUUGUCCCACAUGUAUAAAAUACAGGGCAGCUAUUUAGUUUUCUUUACCAAGUAUGAUUCUUUUGGCUUGGAAAAGGCCCUUUGGUCUGGACAAAAAACCCUCCAUUAGAGACAAGCGAGGAAAGGAAAAAUAAGCUGAAAGCUAGGAUGAUAGAAAUACAAACAGCUCUCUAUCCCAAUACGCACCUUUGUAUUUUCAAGAACUCUUCUAUUUAUUAAGGAAAAAUGUCACAUUGUGAUGUAUUAAGCCAGUACUUCAAUUACGGGUUGACUUGGGAUAACAUGUUACAUGCUGUAGUUAACAUUUAUAUAUAUUUUUUCCUUGUUCGAGUAUUUCUGUCCCUGAAAUAACCUUUUAUUUGGCUUUUCUAGAUAGCUUGAUUUGAUUUUGAGUGGCAAAUGUUUUCCUUUUUUUUUUUUUUUUUUAAAUGGCUUUUCUAUUGCUGUAUGAUACAGAACUCUUUUUGGCAUCAAUAUUUGUGUUUCCAGUACCUCAGUUGUUUGGACUUUACUGCCUGUAUACGUUUUGUGAAAUGGUCAUGUUUUUGGGUAGGUGACACGUGGACUCUAGUAUGUAAAUGUUACUUGAAUCUGUGCUUCAUUAUAGUCCGUGGCAUGUAUGUUCAGACCUUGGAUGCUUUACGCCGACUUAGCAGGAGCCCCGCCUGAUGUUCCCAGGAGGGCGGCCUAACCUUUCAUUGUCAGGAGACAAGGAGGCCAUGGAUGUGCUCUUGAUUCUAUUUUGAUCAUGGGAGAGACAAAGGAGAGAGGUUUUCUUUCUUUCUUUCUUUCUUUCUUUAACAUACUGAAGAUGGUGCUGCGUCAAGAAGGACCUGUUUUUCUUCCCUCUCCCUUCUUUUUGGAGUACCCUGUAGGAGGAAAGAUGGAUGACAUGCAUGGUGGGAAUCUGUGGCCUCUGGUGCUUUGUCCUGUAUUUGGUUUAAUGUUUUUGUCCUAAUCUCUUCAAUCAAUAAAAUUGUGCGUAUUUAACUAAA